UCUAGAUUCAAUGUUAAAACUUACAAAUAUAUAUUUUUAACUAUUUUGGAAUUCUUUUUAGGCUUUCUUAUUGGCCACUGCUGUGGUUACAGUCAUUGCUGUGCCACAAGACUAUCACCACAAUCACGGCCACGCCACCUCAUCUCAAAGUAUUGUGUUGCACCAAACCCACGAGCCUCAACACCACUACCAGGGUCACCAACAGGAACAUUACGAACAGGGACACCAAGCAAACCAACAUGGUGGACAACAUGGCCACGCUUCUUCAUCCCAGAGCAUUGUGUUGCAUCAAACUCACGAGCCUCAGCACCAAGGAGGCCAUCAUUAUGAGGGACACGAGCAGGGACAUUACUACGGAGGUCACCAGGAACAAUACCAUGGAGCACAACACGGUCACGCUUCCUCAGCACAAAGUCUCCACCAGCACCACGGACAUGGGACCGUAAAACACGUUGAAUACUAUGUAAGAUAACAAUCUAUUCUUACAAUCAUUAACUAUUUUAAAUUGUUGCUGACACAAAAUAUUAUUGUUUUUUAUGCUUCAGGGUCAUCCUAAGUACGAGUUCGCUUACCAAGUGUCGGACCCUCACACACACGACAUCAAGUCCCAGCACGAGACGCGCGACGGUCACGUCGUGCACGGCGAGUACAGCCUGCACCAGCCCGACGGCAGGGUCAGGACUGUCAAGUACCACGCCGACCACAAGACUGGAUUCAACGCCGACGUACACUACUCCGGUCACGCUCAACACAUCGUCCCUGAACACCCUCACCACCACUGAAUUUACUCGGACUGAUUGUUAGUUGUUGUUGAAACUGUAAUUGAAUUUGUUUUAAGACUCGAAUAAAUAUGAUUUUAAGUUAAUAAGAUGAAAUUUUUAAUGAUUUACCACUCGGAGUAGUCUUUUGUGCCGUCUGCCGUCGUUGGCGAUGAGAAAAAUACAUAAGUUUACAUUUUUUCUUUACAUGUAGUUUACGUACAUUGUAUGUUUUUGUACAUUGACCUUGAUUAGGCGUAGAGGAUAGCAUUACUAAUGACAUACUUCUCUUCUCAAAACUGCCAGAAAGGAAAAAAACAG